AUGCGCUUGUCUCUCGAUCGCCUCGUCCUCCUCCUUCUCCUCGCCCUCACACCCGCCAACGCCAUCGGCUUCUCAUGUAUCAAAGUGGCCUCCGCCCUGGUCGGCCGACCGAGCCACCUAUUCAACCUCUUCCAGACCGAAAUCUGUGAACGGGGCUGCCAACCGACCAUCCCCCACUGGGACCUGUGGACACGCAACAACAGCUUCGUCCCCGCCGUGCGCAGCCUCAUGAAACGCAUGAACGUGUCCCACAAAGAAGAAGCCCUCCUAAAGAUGGGCGACGAUGUCGCGACCAUCAUCAAAGAUCAAUGCGGGCCGAUGCUCGGGGGGCGACAUAUUUGCUCGGACCCGGUCACGCUGGCGGACUUUGGCAACUGCUUCAAGCGGUACUUUUUCAAGGCGUCGAUCAAGCAUAUCCCGAUUUUGUUACCGAUGGCGUCGGAUGCGGCGUGUAAGGAGCAGUAUCAGUAUUUACAGGGCAAUGAGUUGUGGGAUGUGACUAUUCCGAAUAACAUGCGCGAGUAUGCGAGUGUGUGCAAUGAAUUGGAGGCGAAAGCGAAGGAGGAGGAGGAGUCUACAGAGGAGGCUACGACCAAGGAAGCAGUGAAGCAUGAGGAAUUCCUCUGGCGCCCUCUACCCCGUCGCUUAAUCCACGCCGGCGAAUUCCAGCCCUUCGUCCCUCCCUCACCAAGCUCAUUAGGCAAACCCAUCCCCGCAAAGACCUACACCCGGACCCGCAAAUGGCUGCGGCGACUAGUCUACGCCUCCAUCGCCACGGGAGUCGUCUACGGGGUGGACUCGCAAUUCUACGCCUCCUCCCUGACGAGAACGGUCCGGACGUUCGCCGUCGGUUCACUCGUCGCACUCGACUACAAGAUUAAUUUUCGCCCGCACCCGCCGCUGGCGAGUUCCAUUGCGGCGGUGCAUGCGCGCAAUGCGGAGCGGUUGUCGGACCUGCUACGUCACAAUGGAGGUCUGUAUUUGAAGAUGGGUCAGGCCAUUGCGAUGCAGUCUGCAAUUCUGCCACCGGAGUUCCAGGCCAUGUUUGCGCGCAUGUUUGAUGAUGCGCCGCAGAAUGAGUGGAAGGAGGUGGAGAAAGUGAUUCGCGAGGACUUUGGCAAGUCGCCCGAGGAGGUGUUUGGAGUUUCCUUUGAUGGGGAGCCGGGGAAGGGUGUUAUGGAACGGAGGGCUCGGGCGAGUGCUAGUGUCGCGCAGGUGCACUGGGCUCGACUGGCGGAUGGCCGUGAGGUGGCGAUUAAGAUCCAGAAGCAUGAGAUUGUGCAGCAGUUGGCUUGGGAUCUAUGGGCAUUCAAAGCCGUCACUUUCAUCUACAGCAAGCUCUUCGACAUCCCCUUUUACAGUCUGGUCCCGUAUAUCAGCGAGCGUCUCUCGCUGGAGACGGAUUUUGAAAACGAGGCGACUAACUCGGAGACCAUGGCCCGGCUGAUUGCUGCCGAGUCUCGCCUGCGUGAUCGCGUGUAUAUCCCCAAGGUGUUCCGGGAGCUGAGCUCCAAGCGAGUGAUGACAGCCGAGUGGAUAGAAGGUGUGCGACUCUGGGACAAAGACUCCAUCACUCGUACAUGGCGUGGUGGCUGGCGACAGGGUAGUCCUGGAUGCCACGGAACUCCGCUGGAUCCUCCAAAGAGCAAAGCAGGAUCCCAGAGUGGCGGAAAGCCCGAGCGCAACCACUGGAAGGGCCCGAACAAUCGUGGCGGACUUGGCGUCUCUCUUAAAGACGUGAUGACCACCAUGGUUGACCUCUUCUCGGCACAAAUGUUCCUCUUCGGCUGGGUACACUGCGACCCGCAUCCAGGCAACAUCUUCAUCCGACGCAAGCCCUCUGGCAAGCCAGAGCUGGUCCUGAUCGACCAUGGCCUGUACAUCCACAUGGACCCAGCCUUCCGGCACCAAUACGCACGCUUCUGGAAAGCCCUGCUGACCUUUGACAAUCGCACACUCGGCGAGAUCACCAAGAGCUGGGGUGUCAACAAUGCCGACAUCUUCGCAUCCGCUACACUCCUACGCCCCUACCGCGGCGGUGACAUGUCCACGCAGCGCGGCAUCGAGGGACUCAGUAAACACGAGCGCGCCGAGCGCCACUACGAGAUGCAACAAGCAGCCCGCAAGGCCAUCCGUGAGAUUCUCGGCGACGAGAACAAGUGGCCCCGCGAGCUGAUUUUCAUCGGCCGUAACCUCCGCAUUGUCCAGGGUAACAACCAGUUCCUGGGCUCACCGGUUAACCGGGUGAAGAUUACAGGGAUGUGGGCGUCUCGCGCGUUAGUCGACGCACCUGAUCUACCGUUAUCCGAGAAGAUACGCAAUUUGGGCAGACAUGUCAUCUUCCGGAUCGUCCUGUUCUCGAGCGAUAUAUUCUUCUGGUUCACCAAGAUCCGGCAGUUCUUGCGGUUGGGCGGUGGGAUGGAAGAUGACAUUGAGGCGCAGUUGCAGCAUAUGGCGCAGGAUAUGGGGGUGGAGCUGAAUCACAGUGUGUUUGAGGGAUAG